AUGCUCAAGCCUCAGCCAGAGACCAUUGUGCCCGAUUGUGCUAUCUGCCUUGACAACAUUCGACCCAAACACCAUGCCAAGGCCAUCCUUGCUUGCCGCCACGAGUUUCAUCUCUCCUGUAUCUCAAUGGCAUUUACGAUGGGAAAAGAAAUGAUCUGCCCACUUUGCCGCUUCCUUCACAAGGACCAGCCCUUCAUGGCCCUUGAAGAAGUGAGUGGUAAACAACCCGUAACAUCCUCAACAAGUGCCGUGGCAGCAGCGGCAGCAGUAGCAGCAGCAGCAUCAAUUGCUUCGACCCAGACAGCAACAGCAAACUCGGCAACUGCCAGUAACAACGGACGGAAUCGCCAUCGCAACAACAGUAUCCAUUUGCAGCACAAUCUUUCCAAUCUCAUGCACCACCAGCAACGCAGACGGUCGACCUAUGACCUCCGGCGAGCAUCCGUCACAUCUCUUUCUUCUCCUUCCACACCUUCUGCGCCAGUAACAACACCGGUUCAGAAUAGUCCGGAGAGCGAUGAGGGUUCUAUCCUCUCAAGGGUACCGUUCUUUGGUGCUGCAAAUCACACUCCACAAUCACAACCGCAAUCACAACCACAACCAGAACAACAACCACCGUCAACCCCUUCUUCGUCUGCUGCCCCUUCCUCGACUCCCUCAUUACAGCCCCAUGCAUAUCUCAACACGUCGACGUGGUUUAUGCUUUAUGGGAUGCCGUUCUCGGUUGCAAUGCUGUUCUUGGCAUUUAUUCUUGGCCAGGUCGAAACUACGUGGUCCAAAGUGUCGUGUCUGAUUGGGUCCGCGAUCUGUUACAUGGUUUGCUGGGCGUUGGCAGUGGGAUUUGUCCUGCCAGCGCACGAAUGUCCAGCUAGCCAACAUUCUUACCCUGAAGAUCUCUCCUCAAGCACAGCAACAGCAACAGCAGCGGCCGCGGCCGUGGCAACGGCUGUUAAUGUGGGUGGCGCGAGUCCAAAUUCAGGCACAGGCUCAUAUGCGAGCCCUGUGAUGAACGCGGUUUCUGGUUCAUUUCCCCGUUCACCCGUUUCAGUUUCUGUCUCUCCGACGAUCCCUUCUUCGAUGGCCUUUGAGUUUGAACUAGCCUCCGACUUGGGCCUGGACACCUCUUCACCUCAUCCUCCUUCUUCUCGCUCUACCUCUGCAUCUACAUACCCCUUCCAAUACAUUUACCAGAUCCAAGAGCGACAGCAGCAGCAACAGAGCCAGCAGCAACAGCAGCAACAACAACAGCAGCAACAGCAGCAACAGCAACGACAGAACGAGUCGGGGCUGGAGCGGAUGGAGGAAGAAGUGCUGGUGUCGUCGUUGACGAUGUUUUCGUGGUUGAACCCUGAUGCAAGCAGUCUGUCGCGGUGGGUGAUGGCAAACCAGUAUGCAAGGGACCUGCGGAGGCGGAUAUCAGAUCUUGGGGAUAUCCUCGAUGACUACUCGGAGUCGUUCGGGGUUCCGCUCAACAGAAUGUUCAAGUCAGUAGCGGACCGUUUGGGGAUCCCUCAUUCCUCUUCGUCGUCAUCCGUCUCCUCACAUCAUUCCAGCUCGUCUUCCUCACCUUCACCUCACCACCACCAUCGCACCUCGAUAUUCUCGUCGACUCCGUCUACACGGUCACCCAGCCGACAACAACAACAACAACAACAACAACACCAUAGCCGGUCAGCAAAUACAACCGCAGGCACAGGAUUAGUCACACCCAGCACAGCCUCGGGUCGAACAACACCAGCACCCCGCAAGACCUCACUCUCGACCCCGACUCCAAAACCCGUCCUACCACCCUUGAGCUUCCUCCGGGACCACAACAACGGCAACAACAUAACACUCUCCGUUGCAGACGCGGGUGCGGACCUGAACGAUCCACCGUCGAGAGCAGCCGAGAAUGUGACGGUCUCGGUCAGAGUGCGACCGUUCAACCUGGCCGAGAUGAAGGUUGCAGGAGGUCCGGCCGAAGUUUGGGCUGUCCAUGAGAGGUCGAGGAUAGGAUAUGCGGAUGAUUAUAGUAUGCGGGAGCGGCGAACUGCGGUUGAUUAUACGUAUGACCACGCAUUGACGGGGAGCGACAAUGAAGCGAUCUACAGCACCAGUGUCAAAAGCAUGGUCCAGUCAGCGAUGGAGGGUUACAACGGCACGGUCUUUGCCUAUGGACAAACAUCCUCGGGAAAAACUUAUACGAUGAGCGGAACAUCCAGUCAACCAGGAAUCACACCUCGAGCAGUCGAAGACGUUUUCAAGUACAUUCGGGAGAACUCUGAUCGCGAGUUCUUGCUCCGCGUGUCAUAUCUGGAGAUCUACAACGAGAGCAUUCGCGACCUACUCUCACCCGAGGCGAUUGACCUCAAGAUUCACGAAGACCGCAGGCGUGGAGUGUAUGUCAGUCCAUUGAAGGAGGAGAUUGUCACGACACCAAGUCAGGUCAUGAGGAUUAUCCAGCGAGGCGACUACCAACGACAUACGAGCUCAACGGAUUACAACGCUCACAGCAGUCGAUCGCACUCCAUCUUCCAAAUCGUCAUUGAGAGUAGAGAGCGUGCGGCAACAGCGCCACUGAGUCCAACUAUCCCUGGUGGGCGAAAGAUGAGUUUAGGACUCCGAUCCCCCAGUGCGGUGCGAGUCUCCCAACUCAACUUGAUUGAUCUGGCUGGUUCUGAGAAGGCUUCGGCCGAUGUGGAGCGGCGCAAGGAGGGUGCCUUUAUCAACAAGUCGCUUCUUACGCUGGGCACCGUCAUUGCCAAGCUUACCGAUGAGAGGGGAGGACAUAUCCCAUACCGCGACUCAAAGCUGACAAGGAUCCUCCAAUCCUCACUAAGCGGGAAUGCGCGUGUUUCGGUGAUCUGCACCAUUAGCCCAUCCUUCCUGAACGUCGAGGAAUCCCACAACACGCUCAAGUUUGCGGCCCGGGUCAAGAAAAUCAUCACCAAGGCGCAUACUAAUCAAGUCAUGGACGACAAGGCGCUGUUGGAGAAGUAUCGACGCGAGAUUACGGAACUCAGGGCACAGCUUUUGCUCACCGCUGCUGCAGCCACUGGACAACAGGAUAUGGAUAAAGGAGGUGGUAGGUCGCAGAUGACAGCGGCAGACAGUAACUUGUCGCAUUUGUUGGAGAGGGAGAGGCUGAAGCAUGAGGAGGAGAUGAUUGAGAUGAAUUUGGUCCGCAAUGCGCUCAAGGAGAGGAUUGAUCAGCUGACGAAACUGAUCCUGACCUCUCAGUCCAUCAACACCAAGGGCAUCCCUUCUUCCGCUGGGGGUCUUGGAGAAGGGCAAGUGUCGUCGUCAUCUUCAGCGAUAGGUCGGUACACAGUCGAAACGACGGCGGACGGAACGGUCCUUGAGUUCCCCAAGGAGAUCGAGUCCCGCCUGGCGAGGAAGGACACGAUUGUAAGACAGCUGCAGUCGGAACUGGAGGCUCAACAAGAGAAAGUUGCGUUGAUGAAGUCGGCGUUACAGAAGACUGCUAAUGGCGAGGCGGUUGACAUUGUUAGGACUCUUGCGAAGGUUGAUAUGGAACCUCCGAGGGAGAAGUUUCUGAUAGAGAAGCGGGCUUCGAUCAUGAACUUGAAUGGGAUGGCUUGGCAGGAUGGUGGCGGUGCGAAUGUUGCUGCUGCUGGUGGGGGAGGAAAUGCUGGUCGGGGCUACGGACAAGGAUCGGUGAAACGCGUCCUCAGGGAUCCCUAUGCUCCUCCUACAUCCACCGGUGCUGCUAUGACAACUUCGCCUACCGCUGCAACACCAACAUCACCAAACGAUAAGGACGACACAGCCAGCUUGCUCAUCCUCCCCGACGGCGAACAACUCCCUAUUGAUGACUAUGACGACGACGACCUAAUGGACACGCCCUGGAAUCGCGCCGAACUCCAUUCCUUGAGGCAAGCGAAACGCGAACUCGAGAUUGUCGUGAUCGAACAAGAAAAGAAACUCGAGGACAUGGUCGCCUUUGAUGACUAUGACGAGUUCCGGAAUCUGGUCUUGGAACUGGAAGAGCAUCGAGAGAAAAUGGUGGGAAUGGAGGAGGAAAGGGAAGGGUUGAGGGCGACGAUCACGGAGUUGAGGAAUAAUCUGAGGCGGUUUGAGCUCGCCAAGGGGAUGGAAAACGGGAAUGGGAAUGGAGUGGGACGGGGAGGAGGUAGGAUUCCGUUCUCGCCACCAGGAUCGCCUUCGCCCUCGCAUUCGUCACCUGCUCUAUCGGCGGCAACAAUGAUGUCGAACACAAUGGCAACAGCGGCGGCGAGUCGGAUCCAGGAGCUGGAGCAAAUGGUCCAGCGGGAAAGGAAGCUACGGAUGGAGGAGCAGGCAAGGAGCAUGGGUCGAAUUGCGUCCCUUGAGGCUGAGGUUACUAUCCUCAAAGCCGAGCAGUCCAUUCAGGAUCUCUCAUAG